AUGUCAGAGUCCACUAAAUGUGACGAAGGUGCUCAACUGUACCAUGAGGGCCAGAGGUUGUGGAUUCCAUGCAGUGAACAAGGCUGGCAAGAGGGGACUGUGAUGGCGGUGGAUGGCACGAAACUCUCAGUCAAGAGCGGUGGAGGCCAG